UUUAGAAUUCGACUCAAACGGAUCGCGUGUUUUCCCCCGAUCGGACGCGAAUCACUCCCGUCUCUGGUUUCGGUCAAAGCCGUCCUUAGAAAACAAUGAAGCCAGUUCAGUGGGUGAAAAUAGUGCUGUGCCUGAUCCUUGCGGGCCUCAAUGUAUUCCUCUUCGUGGUGUCUUGUGGAGUGGACUACCGCAUCUUGGUGGCUAGGGAACAUAUACGCUUCCGCCAGGAGAUGCCCACCAUGGACAGUUGGAUAAACUCGCCGUUCGGGAAGCUGAAGAGCUACGUCUUCAACGUGACCAACGCCGAGGAGUUCCGCAGCGGUCGUGAUAAUAAGCUUAAGGUGGAGGAGAUUGGCCCCAUCGUGUACAAGAUCGUGGGGUUCAACGACAUCUUAGAUCGCAACGAGACAAACGUCAGGUAUCGCAAGCACCGAUACCGCGUAGUGGAAUUCCUCCCGGAGGACAGUGUGGCACCCGACGUCCUCAACUGGACCAUUACGUCCACGAACAACGUUAUCCUGGGCGCAGCGACGAAGAUCAAGCAUACGGCGCCACUUGCAGCCUUUGGUUUUGAUGCCGCUCUCAUGAUGGAGGAUAUAUUUGUUACAGACAGCGUCUACUACUUCCUGUGGGAGUUCACGCGUCCCCUGCUGCAAACGCUGUCCAGAAUCUCCAACAUAAGAUCCAACGUUGCUGUUCUCUACAACGCCCUCAAAGAGAAGGAAGAGGUUUACACGGUCAACAUUGGCCCGAAGCGCGGCAUUGAGAACUUCUUUCGCAUCGAGACGCUCAACGACGAGGUUAUCAUCCGGGAACAGCUUCGGCACACCAGUCGGUACGACUCCAACUCUUGCCCCUUUAACGUGUCCGGAGCGCUGGACAACUCCCUCUUUCCGCCCUUUGUCCAGCCGGAUACGCCGCUGGACAUAGUGGCUAUCGAGUCCUGCCGGGUCCUCCCGCUGACGUACCAGCGCCAGGAGCGCUACAACGGCCUUGACACCUUCCACUACACGCUGCUUAAACCUUACCAGAAGCCUCCCGGAUGCCUGGACAGGAGCUACGGGAUCAAGCUUCCUGACGGAAUGUUUGACGUAUCCCAGUGUGUGAUAAAUGACGCCCCCUCUGCGUUUUCGAUGCCACACUUUUACGGAAGCAGCUACAACUGGAGCCAGCACUACGAAGGAUACACACCCAACGCCGAGGAUCACGAGCCAUACAUUUUGCUGGAGCCGGUCACCGGUAUUCCGGUUACGGAGAAAUACCGCUUCCAGUCCAACAUUCCUAUUCCGGAUCUCAGGAGCUUUAGCUCACGCCUAAAACGGUUUAGCAACAUGAUGAUUCCCAGUUUUUGGUAUGAGUUCGAAAUGGGAGAGCUGCCCGGCUUCGUGACCGCCCUCAUGUGGAUCAACGUCAACAUUGUGCCACACAUGCAGCCGUAUUGCAUGGCCCUUUUCCUGGUGCUGGCCUUGUGGAGUGUCCUAAAGGCAAUUCGAGUGGCCUGCGGCGACCUAAGCUAUGCGGGUCUCUUCCGGAAGUUAUGUGGCGACAUGGGUGCGGUCACCGCGCUAGAGACCAAAUUCCAGGCCACUAACGAUUCCCCCGACGUGGCUGUCAAAUAGUGAUCUACUUUCUAGACUGGACCCGUGUAUAUAUGUAUGCAAGACUUAGAUUUAGGGUAGAGGUGUCGCUGCUGAUGAACUAUCAGUAGUCCGCCGUUACGUAAUAUACGAUUUAGUGGAAAA